CUUAAAUAACUUUGUUGCCUGAGGCUGCACGAUCCUACACCGGAACGCCCUAUCCACGCUUCUCCUGAAUUGAAGUUCACAUUUACUGCCCAGCGCUGAAGAACCCCGCUGCCGUCCUCCGCUGUCCAAGGCCCUUCCCCACCUUUUUCCGGACGUCACAUUUCUCUUGCUGGUCCCAUAUCGGUCCCGCCCGCCUCCUAACAAGGGCGCCGAAAUGCCGCCUGUCGUGGCCAAGCAGCCGUCAGAGUCGGAUAUCCCCGGCAUCCAUUCUUCACAUAAUAUCUCGCUGCACAUCUCCACCGAUGGCGAUUCAGGACGGCCUGCUCCUGUCAAGUAUAUGUCAACGCCCGGCUACCACAGUCCCCUCCGGCACCACAAGAGAGCUGCUUCGUCGACGCGGCACGUCAAGGAGACACUCAAUGCGCGCUCCGAGUACAGCAACAGCGAGGACGAUGGGACGGCACAGCAUCGCAUCAACCAGUACCUGAUCAAACAGGAAAUAGGCCGAGGCUCCUUCGGGGCCGUACACCUGGCUGUGGACCAGUAUGGCCAAGAAUAUGCUGUCAAGGAGUUCUCCAAGUCCCGCCUGCGGAAACGGGCUCAGUCGAACCUGCUGCGUCGCCCGAGCACGAGGCGGCGCCGACAAAAUGCCCUUCCUGCAAGGCUGGGAUUCAACUCCCCCUUACAUCGACAUUCUUCCUCCGAGGAAAACAACUCACUGGACCUCAUCAAGGAGGAGAUUGCUAUCAUGAAGAAGCUCAACCACCCGAACCUCGUCUCGUUGAUUGAAGUGCUCGACGACCCUGAAGAGGAUUCGCUGUACAUGGUCAUGGAGAUGUGUAAGAAAGGGGUCGUGAUGCAGGUAGGUCUUGACGAGAGAGCGGAUCCGUACCCGGAAGAACAGUGCCGCUGCUGGUUCCGGGAUAUGAUUCUGGGUAUCGAAUAUCUGCAUGCCCAGGGAAUCAUACACCGAGAUAUCAAGCCUGAUAACUGCCUGGUGACAGAAGAUGACGUCUUGAAGAUUGUUGAUUUCGGGGUGUCCGAGAUGUUCGAUAAGCAAGACGAGAUGAAGACGGCCAAAUCUGCCGGCUCGCCCGCUUUCAUGCCUCCUGAGUUGUGUGUGGCAAAGCAUGGCCAUGUAUCUGGGCGUGCGGCGGACAUAUGGUCCAUGGGAGUGACCUUGUAUUGCUUGCUCUUCGGACGAAUACCUUUUGAGAAGACCAACAUGCUUGAACUGUACCAUGCAAUUCGAGAGGACGAUUUGGAGAUACCUUCCACAUGCGGCGACGACCUCAAGGACCUCUUGCUACGGCUGUUGGAAAAGAUUCCCGAGAAACGGAUCACCAUGGAUCAACUGCGCGAACAUCCAUGGGUAACGUUGAAAGGGACGGAUCCUCUCCUACCCACGUCGGAGAAUGUGGCUGUACUAGUCGAGCCUACUGAUGAGGAGGUCGAAGCGGCUAUUACGGGCAACAUGGGCCAUCUAGUUACAGUGGUCCGCGCUGUGAAGCGCUUCAAACAGCUCCUCUUUCGAAAACGACCAGAGCGUAUGGAGGGUCUACUUGGGAGUCCCGCUCGCUUGGUGCAGCCGCCUUUAUCAAUGCGUCCAUCUAGUCUACGCAAGGCCAAAUCGCAAGACACCGACAACCGUCGAGCGGUAGAAAGCGCUCUGACUGCAGAGGGGGUUCACCGGGAUAUCAAAUUCGAUGAUAACCUACAUCGACAUCCGGAAGAGCCUCUGUCGCCAGCGAGUGAUAAGAAGGCAUUCUUCGAACCACGCAGCGCAGAGAAGCCAAUACCGACUGAUGAUACGACUGCAGGUGCUCCGCCGCCUGGGACCAGAACCGAAACCAAGACCGUGACCGCAUCACCUCCUUACUCUCCCCCUAAAUCCGACGCCAUCACCAUUCCCUCCGUACCUGUCCCAUCCGACCCUUCCACACCCACAAUCGGCAAGGGUCACGCCCACGACCCACUGGAAGAUACCCUCUUCCUCAACAUUGGUACCGGCGAAGACUGCGACGUGAGCAACUCGGCCGUCCCCAUUGUCUCCGAGUCCCCCUCCAACGCCGAUAUUAACAUCUACGAAACCGCCUACCAAGAAGUCAUCCAGCGCCUCACGCAACAGAGGCAAACGCAGGGUCGUCGCCCAACGCUGUACCUCACGCGGCGCGUCGAAAACGCAAAGUCGCUCCAGGACAACAAGGAACUCAUUGUAGAUGGAGGGCGCACGCGGGAUGAGCUCAAGGCGUCGAUCAAGAAGAUGGUGAAGAAGGCGCAGCGGCCGUUGGAUGAGAGGGCGGAGAUGCAGAGGUUGGAAGGGAAGGAGGAUUUGAUCAGCCGGGGUUGGAGAGGGGUCAGGGAGUUUAAGGAUUUGGUGGAUGAGGCGAGGGAGAUUGUGAGGGAGGAGGAGAGGAGGGAUGGGAAGAGGGUUGAUUGCGCGCCUGAGUCUGGGCCUGGAGUGGGGGAUAGCAAGAGGAGUAGGAGUGUGACGCCCUCGUCGGGAACUGUGAAGACGGGGCCGGAGAAUGUACUCGCGUUGAUGACGAAGGGGAGUGGGAGCGGGACGCCGGUGUUAGGGGAGGGGUCGGUUGUUUAGGUGGGAUGAGGGUUAGUUUCUCCUGCACGAUGGGGUUCUGGUUUUGUAUGAAGCUUUUGAGCAUGUCUCUGGCGAUCUGGACAGCGACCGAGCGAGUGGGGUUGUGAAAGUUGCAAUGUGGCAUAGAACACGGCAUACCUACUGCGGGUGAGAAUGACAUUGGAAUUUGGAGCUGUAGAUCAGUCUGCGACCUAUGGAUGCCAAUGUGUUUGUAUGGCAUAUUCCCCUGUUCUUCCGGAU